AUGAAGAUCCUCAUCACCGGUGCCGCCGGCCUCGUGGGCCAACAUCUGGCCGCCGCGCUGCUCAACGACGGCUCGGGCAAGUACACCGUCACCCUGACAGAUAUCGUAGAGCCUCCUAUCCCAUCGGGAGUCAAGCACCCCGGCAAGGCAACGGCCAUCAAGGCCGACUUGCUCGAGGAGAGUGACCGAGUUGUCGACCCGGACCUCGAUGCCGUCUACAUGUUUCACGGUAUCAUGUCAUCUGGCGCUGAAGCCAACUUUGAUCUAGGCUUCAAGGUCAACUUUGACGCGACGCGCAUCCUGCUCGACAGACUCCGGCAGACGCGGCCAGGCGUCAAGGUCCUGUACACGUCCAGCCAGGCCGUGUAUGGCGGCGAUGUGACGGAGCCGGUGGACGAGGGCGUGAGGGCGACGCCGCAGACGUCGUACGGUUGCGAGAAGAUGAUGUGCGAGUACCUGAUAAACGAGUACCACCGUCGCGGCUUCGUGUCGGCCCUGGUGUUCCGGCUUCCGACCGUGUCGGUCCGGCCGGGCAAGCCCACGGCGGCGGCGUCGUCCUUCCUGUCGGGCAUGAUCCGCGAGCCCAUGCAGGGCCUCGAGUGCGUCGUCCCCGUCGAGGACCGCUCCUUCGCCCACUGGAUCUGCUCGCCGCGCACGCUCGUGCUCAACCUCGUCCACGCCCUGACCCUGCCCCGCGACGCCCUGCCCGACCACGACCGCGUCGUGCUCCUCCCCGGCAUCGGCGUCUCGGUCCAGGAGAUGCGCGACUCGCUCGCCCGCGUCGCCGGCGAGGACAAGCUCGCCCUCAUCAGGGAGGAGGAGGACCCCGUCACCAAGGCCAUCCUGUACUCGUGGCCGGCCACCUACGACAACAGCCGGGCCUUUUCUCUCGGCUUCAGAAGGGACGACUCGUUUGACACGAUUGUCCAGGAUUUCAAGGCUACUCUGGCCAAUUAG